AAAAUCAUCAAUUGUUAUUUUCAAUGUGCUGUUACGGGCUACAUGGUGAAUUUUAAAUUGAACGAGUUCACAAAUCGUGAUAAUCUACACUGGUGUAUAUUGUUUUACUCAUCGUUGAUCGAAAAACUGGAUUUGUAGUGAUUUUGUGUGACUUACCGUGCCGAGGACCUAAUGACCAUGGAAGAUAAAUCAAUGCUGGAAGAUGUAUACAGCUCUCUCAGGGAGCGAGUGUUUUUCGCAGCCAGGGAUGGAAUGUCCUUAACACUUUACGCGCUAUUGUAUGAGAAAAGUCCCGACGACAUAGACGAUCUCCUUAACAGCGAUGUGUGCUGUGACGGAGUGAAGUGUACACCGUUGAUAGCAGCAGCCAGGCAUGGCAGGGAGGGCGCAGUCAGAAUCCUGUUGGAGAAAUUCAGUCCACCCGUCAGAUUGGAGACGGAGGGGACGGUGAAAUUUGACGAAUAUGUUAUUGAAGGGGCCACAGCGCUAUGGUGCGCGGCGGGCGCGGGGCACCUCGGCAUCGUCAAGCGGCUGGUCCGCGCGGGGGCGUCCGUCAACCAUGCCACAAAGACUCUGAGUACGCCACUGAGAGCCGCCUGCUUUGACGGCCGCCUCGAUAUAGUCAAGUACUUAGUCCGCCACGGAGCUGAUAUACACAAGGCGAACAAAUACAACAAUACAUGCCUCAUGAUUGCGGCAUAUAAGGGACAUUUGGAUGUGGUGCAGUUUCUCCUAGACAGCGGCGCGCGCGUCGACGAGCGGGCACUGUGCGGCGCCACCGCGUUACACUUCGCUUCGGAGUGCGGGCACGCGGCUGUAGUCUGCGCGCUCAUAGAUCACAACGCCAAGAUACUCACCAACGAAAACGGUAUGACGCCACUUCAGUGCGCGGCGGAGCGUGCGCGCGCGUCCGUGGUGGAGAUAUUGGCGUGCCGGCCUGAAGUCACGCGCGCGCAGGCUAUAGAGGCGUUCGAGUUACUCGGCGCCUCCUUCGCUAACGACAAGGAGUAUUAUUGUUUGAGGAUGGCGUACCAGUACCUGCACCGCGCGAUGGCGAUGCGCUACGACACGCGCUACGGGCUGCUGCUCAAGAGGCCGGCGGACCCCAUACCCGCUUACGACAACUGGCGGGAGACCACCACGCUCGAGGAGGUGGAGCGGCUGCACGGCGACGCGCAUGCGCUCCACAUGGAGGGGUUGGCGGUGCGCGAGCGCGUGCUCGGGCGCGCGUGCCCCGACCUGCCCCACCCCGUCGUCUUCCGCGGCGCCGUGUUCGCCGACGAGGCGCGCUUCGACCGCUGCCUCGCGCUUUGGCGGCACGCGCUGGCGCUGCGUAGCCAGAACUCGGUCUCGGUGGUAAAAGAUUUACUACGGUUCGCUCAGGUGUUCUCACAGAUGAUACACAUCGGAAUAGAGCUACCGCUGUCACAGGUGUGCUACGUGUUAGAAGCUUGCGCCGAGGAGCUCAAACGAGGCACAAAGAGGAUGGAGAAGCCUCAGGCUAACGUGGACCCAGAUGUGCUUAUUGAUGAAUACGAGAGCAACGUGCGGACAGCGCUGUACUUGGUAGCGGUUGCAGCACGGCUACUGGAAGACCCUGAAAAUGACGAGGAGAGCCGGCGAGCAGUACGUCGGGCGGUGUUCUCACUACGUACCGCGCGGCUGCGGUGCGGACUAACGCUGCUGCAUCUCGCCGUCGACCGCCGCACACCCGUCGACGAUUUCCACACCAGCGACGUCUGCCAGUUCCCUUGUCCGCGGACGGCGCGAUUGCUGCUGGAGUGCGGCGCGGACGUUGACGCGGCGGACGAGAUGCGCCGCACGCCGCUGCACGUCGCGCUCAUAGCGUACCAGCUAGUGCCCGGGUCGGAGGGACACUGGCGGACGGCGCUGCCGGCGUGCGUGUCGGAGCUGCUGUCGCGCGGCGCGCACGUGGACGCUGUCGACGCGGUGGGCGUGUCCCCGCUCGUCGCCGCCAUUGGUGGUCCAGCAGAAGGUUUAGUCCGUGCGGCGCUGCGGCCGCGACUUGCGUGCUUAGCCGCGGGCGCGUUGGCAGCGGCGGGCGCGCGGUACCGCCCACAUCACGUACCACGUGAUCUACACGGCUUCCUAGCGAUGCAUGGAGUUGAGCCCAUGUAGACACAAGGUCAGAUCUGUCCAGACUAAGAUUUAGACACCAGUACCUUGGUACUUCCAGAUUUCAAGGUUUCCAACCCGAGAAGACCACCCAAAGUUGGGUCCACCUUUCUGCAGUAAGAUAUAGCAAAAUGCGAGACUUCAAGUUUUCUUCAGAGGUAGUUUUUUCACCAUACCCUAUAUAAAAACGUCAGAUACGUCUUUAAAAAUACAAUCUAGAGUCAAAAAUUGUACUGUAGGAGAUUAAUAUACUAUUUAGUGUUUAAUAAUAUUAUAAUAAGACUCAGACUUUAAGAUUCUUGUCGGGUGUGCUGCGUAGUAUUUCAAAACUUAAAAAGUGCCGUUUCUUUGACAAAAAUCUCUAAACAUGAUAAUGUUACGCCAUUAAUAAGUCUAUUUCGUAUAUUCUCUUAUAUUUCAUAUCUGGUUCAUAAAAACCACUUAUGUCUGGACAGUUACAAAAUACUAAAUAGGCUUUAUCUUCUAUUCUUCCUUUUAGUUAUACGUAUGAUUGUUUUAAAAUUAUUGUCUUAGCCAGUUUGACUGACAAGGAAUGUUUUUGGUAGAAGACUGUCGCUUUACCUCGUUAUUAAAAUUUAUUUAUCUAUAAGUAAUUUAUUUUACUUUUCACUAUACUUUUUAACUACGACAAACUUUUGUUACUUAUCGAUACAGCUGCUUUAAGGGCUUCAUUCUUAAAAAAUAAUCAUUUUAAAAACAGCUACCUUACUCCCGCUAGAAUCAGACCUUGUACCAAGAAACUGUUUUGAGACUCAAAUAAUAGGACGAGAAUGCCGCGU